GAGAGGCCGAUCUUAUUCUGCGAAGGGGAGGGGGGCACUGUGUGAGCGGACUCUUCCGGGGUUCACAAUGCCAAGAAAGAUGCUGGUGAGGAAGAGGCAAUGGCUGCAGAUGCAGAGCGAAGAGAUACAUCCACUCUGGUGCCGACAUGGACUGUUAUGUCAGAGCAUCUGAGCAAGAGAGUUUAGCAUCCGGCACUCGACCCGGUCCCGGAGUUAAAGCAGGACCCUAGCCGGGCGGUCUUUUUGCAAUGAUCACCAUGCCUCAGGCGAAGACCUCGGUCCGUCCCGCUGGAAAUUGCCCCUUCAGAUGUGUUGGUGUCCCAAUUAAUGGAUUCUGACAUGGAUUAUGAAAGGCCAAACGUAGAAACCAUCAAGUGUGUCGUGGUUGGGGACAACGCAGUGGGCAAGACCAGGCUCAUCUGUGCCCGGGCUUGCAAUGCCACUCUGACUCAGUACCAGCUUCUUGCCACCCAUGUGCCCACGGUCUGGGCCAUUGACCAGUAUCGUGUUUGCCAGGAGGUAUUGGAACGCUCCAGAGAUGUGGUAGAUGAUGUUAGUGUAUCCUUGCGACUUUGGGACACAUUCGGAGACCAUCACAAGGACAGGCGCUUCGCUUAUGGAAGAUCUGAUGUUGUAGUGCUGUGCUUCUCCAUUGCUAACCCCAAUUCCCUGCACCAUGUGAAGACCAUGUGGUACCCUGAGAUCAAACACUUCUGCCCCCGAGCACCUGUCAUCCUCGUGGGCUGCCAGCUGGACCUUCGCUACGCUGACCUGGAAGCAGUCAAUCGAGCUAGGCGACCACUAGCCAGGCCAAUCAAGCCCAAUGAAAUUCUCCCCCCAGAAAAGGGGCGAGAGGUGGCCAAAGAGCUGGGGAUCCCCUAUUACGAGACCAGUGUUGUAGCCCAGUUUGGCAUCAAGGACGUCUUCGAUAAUGCCAUAAGAGCUGCCCUCAUCUCCCGCCGGCAUCUCCAGUUCUGGAAGUCCCAUCUACGUAAUGUUCAGAGGCCGUUGCUCCAGGCCCCGUUUUUGCCCCCCAAGCCACCCCCACCCAUCAUCAUUGUCCCCGACCCUCCUUCCAACAACGAAGAGCGCCCUGCCCACUUGCUGGAGGACCCCUUGUGUGCAGAUGUCAUCCUGGUGCUGCAAGAGAAGAUCAAAAUCUACGCGCACAAGAUCUACCUCUCCACCUCCUCCUCCAAGUUCUACGACUUGUUCUUAAUGGACUUGAAUGAGGAGGACCAGCAGGGCACCCUAGGAAGUGGCGCUGCGGCCGGCAUUGCGGAGCGAUCGUUCCAUCAGGAAGAAAGGCAUCAUGGGCGAGAAUUCCUCCUGAGAGCUGCUAGCUUUGAUAUCUGCGAGAGUGCUGAGGACGCUGGCUCUGGCCAGCAAAAACCGUGCCUUAGAGCCUCCACCAGCGAUGGGAUAUUACGGGGUAAGAACUACGGGGAAAGUGGGUUAAAGCGGGGGAGGAUUCUCUCCUCUUGGAGCCGUGCCUUUGUCAGCAUCCAGGAAGAGAUGGCAGACGACCCCAUGACCUACAAGCCCCGACUUAUGGUGGUGGUGAAGAUGGACCCUUCCAUCCAGUUGGGGCCCUUCAGGGCUGUGCUCAAAUACCUGUACACGGGGGAGCUGGAUGAGAAUGAGCGGGACCUCAUGCAUAUCGCCCACAUUGCUGAGUUGCUGGAAGUCUUCGACCUCAGGAUGAUGGUGGCUAACAUCCUAAACAAUGAGGCGUUCAUGAACCAGGAGAUCACCAAAGCCUUCCACGUCAGGAGAACCAACCGUGUUAAGGAGUGCCUGGCUAAAGGGACUUUUUCCGAUGUCACCUUUAUCCUGGACGAUGGUGCUAUCAGUGCCCACAAGCCCUUGCUGAUUUCCAGCUGCGACUGGAUGGCUGCUAUGUUCGGGGGCCCGUUUGUGGAGAGCUCAACGCGCGAGGUGGUGUUACCUUACACGAGCAAGAGCUGCAUGCGGGCGGUGCUGGAGUACCUGUACACCGGUCAGUUCUGUUCUACAGCAGACCUAGAUUACAUGAAGCUCAUCAUCCUGGCCAACCGCUUGUGUCUGCCGCACCUGGUUGCUCUCACAGAGCAAUUCACAGUGUCUGGUCUGAUGGAGGCAACUCAGAUGUUAGUGGAUAUUGACGGAGAUGUCCUUGUGUUCCUGGAGCUAGCUCAGUUCCACGGUGCCUACCAGCUCGCCGAUUGGUGCCUGCAUCACAUCUGCACCAACUACAACAACAUCUGUCGCAAGUUCCCUCGGGAGAUGAAGGCAAUGUCAGCAGAGAACCAAGACUACUUUGAGAAGCACCGGUGGCCCCCUGUAUGGUACCUGAAGGAGGAGGACCACUAUCAGAGAGCUAGGAAAGAACGCGAGAAGGAAGAUUACCUUCACCAGAAACGGCAGCCUAAGAGAAGGUGGCUCUUUUGGAAUGCCUCCUCCCCUGCCCAGUCACCUUCCUCGUCAGCGGCCACAGCUUCAUCUUCAUCCUCCUCCUCUUCAUCAGCUGUGGUUUGAGAGGUGUCCUGCCCCUGCUACCUAGUCUCUUACAAGAAGGGGGCCAACCGCCCUGAGCCAAUAUCUGGUUCGACAGGCUUGGAGAAGAUGGCCCCCUCCUCAGCUACAACCCUCAGUGGAGAAAGUGCGCAUGAAUCAUGUCCCUGAGAGGUUGGCAAGAACCCGCACAGGUGGCGCUCGGGAGCCGGAGCACCACACGUCUCAACACAGAGCUCCGCGAGGUCCUGAUCCCUGCCUCAGCUGGUGUUGCGCUCAGCAGCCAGAGGCCGCCCAUACGAGUGGCAGGCAUGCUGGUUUCUUUACCAAGAGGCUCGCUCACCUAGCAGAACUAACCUCACGUUUACAGGAAUGCCAGAGGUUUUUUGUUUUUGUUUUAUUUUUUAAAGAAAAUGUGCUAGAAGGAAGACGCAGCACUUCUGUGUUAUUUUAUAAACUGAGGUGGUUAUUUUUUUCCCCCUUUGCAAAAAGCAAAAAAAAAAAAAAAAGUGGGUGCCUCCCAUUGUUUGUUCUGUGAGUCAUGACAUUUCAAGUCGCUGUACAUGCUGGAGCCCGGGUGUUCUUCUGGGCUCCUUUGGGUGGCAGGCAGCCAUUUUCUGUUGCACUCACCACCUCAUUUAUUUAAAUCGGACUGCAGGGAUGUUUACUUAAGAAAAGGCACAGAUAUCCGUGGAGCAGCAGGGGGCCGUAGACCCUCCUUGUGAAAAGCAAGCCCCAGUGGAGGAGGCACGGGCCAGCAGAAAGCUCUGACGCAGCACUGGAACUGAGCAGCAACAGUAAGGGGGUUCUUGAUUAGAGAAGCCACACUUACUGCUGCCUGAGAAACCAGCCCCC